CGUUGCUGAAAAGAUGAAGUACGUCAAACUAUUGCUGCUGGGCCUGUUGAUAGCCAGCACGCUGCUGAGCGAUGUCAAUGCCCAAAAGGAUAAAACCAAGACAAAAAACAAGUCCAAGUCGAAGAAUAAGGUGAAGCCUACGGAGCCAGCGACACUGGAACGUCCGGCGUUGCAAAAAGCCGAAGCCUGCUCAGCGACCAAGUGCAAGUUGCCCGACUGUCGCUGUUCGGAUGCCACCUUGCCACGCCCCAAAUUCAAGGGCAAGGAGAAGGAAAUACCGCAGUUUGUUAGCAUCACCUUUGAUGAUGCUAUUAAUGUGGUCAACUCGGCGCAGUAUGAGCUGCUCUUUGAGGAUUUGAAAAAUCCCGAUGGCUGCGAUGCCACCGGCACCUUCUUCCUUUCUCAUGAAUACACGGACUAUGAGCGCGUCAACAGUUUGUAUAAUGCUGGACAUGAGAUUGCUCUGCAUUCGGUCACUCAUGGCGAUGGCACCGAAUAUUGGCGGUCGGCUGAUGUGAAGACCAUUGAGAUGGAGUUUAGCGACCAGCUGCAGAUACUGGAGGCGUUUGCCAAUGUGCCGCGCGAGAGUGUGCACGGUAUGCGUCUGCCCUUCCUGCAGAUAUCAGGAAAUAAUACCUAUGAGGCCAUCAAGUCGCUGGGCUUGACCUACGACAGCUCGUGGCCCACUCAGCAGUUCAAAAAUCCUGCCAUGUGGCCAUAUACCUUGGACUAUCUCUCCGUGCAGGAUUGCCAGAUUGGACCUUGUCCAACUGCUGCUCUGCCAGGUGUUUGGGUAGCACCCAUGGUGACCUGGACGGACAUGGAGGGUUACAGCUGUUCAAUGAUUGAUGCCUGCGCUUAUCCGCCCGAGGACAAAGUGGAUGCACUUUUCGAAUGGAUGUUGGAGAACUUCAAUCGUCACUAUAUGGGCAAUCGCGCUCCCUUCGGCAUGUAUCUGCAUGCAGCUUGGUUCUCCCGCGGACGCAACUACUUUGCUGCCUUCAAGAAGUUCAUCAAUCAUCUGUCCACCUAUCCCGAUGUGUACAUGACCAGCGUCUCCCGCAUGCUGGAGUAUGUGCGUAAGCCCGUGCUGGGUCAGCCCUUCAAGAGCUGCGAGCCCAAGCGACAGGCCGAAUGUCAUGCUGUCCAGUGUAGUGUCCAGAAGAAGUCCAGCAAGGAGACGCGCUACAUGAAUGUCUGUAACAAGUGUCCUGCCGUCUAUCCCUGGCUAAAUAACCCAUUGGGCCAGGAUAUGUAAAUGCUUUUUAGCCACCAAACAAUAAACAGCAGCAGCAACAACAACAACAACGUCUCACUGUCAUUCA